AUGAAGAAGUACCAUGAUCAAAGGAUUGAAAAGCGAGAAUUUGCAGUUGGAGAUCUUGCACUUCUAUUCAACUCUAGGUUGUGCUUAUUUCUGGGCAAGCUCAUGUCCAUGUGGUCCAAACAAUUUUUAAACAAGCAAGUGUUUUCACAUGGAGCGCUGGAGCUUGAGAAUAGUGAAGGAACAAAGUUCAAGUGGUCUACAGACACCAUUGAUGGUCCGUUGUUCCUUCUUUGGACAGUAGAUGGUGCCCAUAGAUCCCAGGCUCCAGCCACUCUUCAGCAACGCCGUCGUUCAACAGGGAAGCAGCAGCGCCGCCGUCCACCAGGAAGCAGCAGCGCCGCCAGCCGCCGUCCACCAGCAGCCAGCAGCCAGCCGCCAGCCUCCCGCGACAGCAGCAGCCAGGUGCAGAUGGCUGAACAAACAGAAUUAAAUAUGGGUGUAGCUGAUCAAAGUCGAAUAAGUAUGGCUGAUUCUACGGAUAAUACACCUAGUAAUAGCAAUGAUUUGUCGAUUGGCACAGAAAUAACAAAAAAAAGAAAAGAAAUGGAUCCUAGAUCUCUUGUUUGGCAACACUUUGAAAAGGUUUUUGAAAAUGGUGUAUUAGUUAAAGCAAAGUGCUUACAUUGUAAACAAUAUUAUGCUGCCAAUACAACAAGAAAUGGAACAAGUGGACUAAAACAACAUUUGACUUAUCGGUGUAAAGUGUAUAAACCUCCGACUGUUGCACCCGGUAUUCAAAAAUUAUUAAAUAUUCAAAAUAACAAUUUAGAGACUUGGAAAUUUGAGCAAGAGGUAUGUAGGAGAGCUUUAGUUGAGAUGAUUAUUUUGGAUGAACUACCUUUUAGUUUUGUUGAAAAAGAAGGCUUUAAGAAGUUUAUGAGUAAAGUCCAGCCUUUGUUUCAUAUUCCUUCUCGUAGAACCAUAACAAGGGAUUGUUAUGAAGUUUAUGGUGAAUUGAGAAUAAAUUUGAAACAAUCUUUAAGAGAAAUACAACCAAGAAUUUGUCUCACAACAGACACAUGGACUUCAGUGCAAAGAAUCAAUUAUAUGUGUUUGACUGCUCACUUUAUUGAUAGGGAUUGGGUGCUUCAUAAAAGAAUAUUGAAUUUUUGUCCUAUCACUAGUCAUAAAGGUGAGCAUUUGGCUGAGUCUAUUAGUAAUUGUUUACUUGAUUGGAAGUUGGAUAACGUUUUUACUGUUACGGUUGAUAAUGCCUCUUCAAAUGAUGUGGCAGUUUUAGAGUUGUCCAAAAAAUUAGAUAUGUGGGGAACUAAUUUGAUGGAAGGUAAGCAUCUCCAUGUGAGAUGUAUGGCUCACAUACUUAAUCUAAUUGUGCAAGAUGGUUUGAAAGAAAUUGGUCCUUCUAUCAAAAAGGUGAGACAAAUGGUGAAAUAUGUUAGAUCAUCUUCUUCAAGGGCAAGAAAUUUCUUGAAAUGUGUUGAAAUGCAAAAGAUAGAAUGUGAUAAGAUGUUGUCUUUAGAUGUGCCUACUAGGUGGAAUUCCACCUAUUUGAUGUUAGACACAGCAGAAAAGUUUGAGAAGGCUUUUGAGAGGUUUGAUCUUUAUGAUGGUAAUUUUAAUUCUUUUCUUGCUACUGAUGUUUGUGAAGAUGGAAGUAUCGCAGGGUCAAUUCAAUAUGAAGAUUGGGCUAAUGUGAGGAAUGUCACAAAGUUUCUUGAAAAAUUUUAUGAACUCACUUUGAAAGUUUCAGGUUCACGGUAUGUUACUUGUAAUGUUCAUUUUGAAGAUAUAUGUGAACUUGAUGCUUAUUUGAAAUUAUGUAUAGCAAGUGAUGACCUUGAUUUGAGUAAAAUGGCUUCGGGAAUGAAAGAAAAAUUCAAGAAAUAUUGGGGGACUCCUGAAAAAAUGAACAAAAUGAUUUUUAUUGCUUCUGUUUUGGAUCCUCGCAAUAAAUUUGUCUAUGUUAGUUUUGCUCUUGAAGAAUUACUUGGGGAAGAAACGGGAAAUGUAGUGAAUACGAAAGUAGAGGCUUACUUGAGGGAUUUUGGUAUUUCUCAAAAUAUGUCCAAAAAUUCUUUGAGAAGUAAGUUGCACAUGAAGAAACAAAAGAAUGAUUCUGGAAGUUUAGGUGUUAAAUCUGAGUUGGAUAAAUAUCUUCUUGAAGACCAAGAACCUGAAUCUGAAGAUUUUGAUAUUUUGAGUUGGUGGAAAGUUAAUUCUCCUAGAUUUCCAGUACUUUCACAGUUGGCUCGAGAUGUAUUGGCUAUUCCUAUGUCGAGUGUGGCAUCGGAAUGUGCAUUUAGCACCGGUGGUCGAAUUCUAGAUCCCUUUAGAAGUUCAUUGACUCCCAAAUGUGUGCAAUGUCUUAUUUGUGCCCAAGAUUGGCUUUGA